AUGCCCUCUUCAAGUGACGCCGAAGUUUUGCGUAAUGCUAAUAUUCGUUUAUGUAAAUUGCGUGUUUGGCGCGAAUUCGACGGACUUGGUUUUAAUCUUGAAGCAGCUCAGCGACCGCCACAUUUAAUUCGACUUGUUGAAUCCAAUAGUCCAGCAUCGGCUGGUGGUCUAAAAAUUCUUGAUGUUAUUUUGUAUGUUAACCAAGAAGAUGUCUCCGAAGCAGAUUAUAACACUGUACGAGGUGCUAUUAAAACAGCUCGCGAUAGCAAUCGUCCGAUUGAAUUAAUUGUCGUCGAACAACGUUUUUAUCAAUUAUUAAAGAAGAAAAAUAUUAAAGUUACUCCUCAAUUAGCAACCAAUGUUAUUCAAACACCAGAAUCUAUGCCAGCUGAUUAUAUAAAUUUUCCUAAACGUAUACCACGUACUUGUAAUCUACGUUUAGGCCAAUCAGAUACAUUUGGUUUUGAAGUUAUCAAUGGUGAAAAUGAUAUUGGCGCAUAUAUUCAAGAAGUAUUUCCAAAUACGCCAGCUAGUAAUACACCAUUACGUAAAUGCGAUCGUAUUAUUGAAAUCGACGAUAAAAACGUCGAUAAAGAUGUUAGCAAAUCUAUAUUAGAAAAAUUAGCUAAAGCAAAACAAAAAGGUUCUGUGAAAUUGUUUGUUGUUGAUACAGACACAUAUAAAAAUGCUCAACUACACAAAUUACCAUUAACUUCAAAAGGAAAACGAAAGAGCCAAUCAGAAGACAGACAAUCGACAAGCCGAUAUAAUACAGAUGAUCGUUCGUCUCUAAGUAACAAUGACGGGAAUCAACUAACUCCAUCGAAUCCAUCAACUCUGCGCGGUGAAAUGCCAAAAACUAGAACUCCAAGUGUACCCGACCUAACUCCAUCGACGAGAUCAAAAAUACCACCGUUAACUAUUCCACCAUCCGUGGGCUUGCCGAAUGAAGAUAUCCGUUUAUGUACUAUUUAUCGAGCUGAUCCUUCAGAUACGUUUGGUAUUGAACUCAACUAUCAUCGUCGAGAACAAUUUCAUUCAUUAAGCAUUGUACCGGGUCGAAACAAUGAACGAUCAAAUGCUGAGCAAGCUGGAAUAAAAACUGAUGAUCGUUUAAUUGAAAUCAACGGUCAAAAUAUUCAAAAUCUCAGUCACGAUCAAAUAACACAACGCAUCCGUGCUGUUAAACAUCCAGAUCCAUUAGUAGUUUUAGUAUCGGAUGUUCCCACAUUCGAACAUUACAAACAGCAACAAAAACUUAUUCAUCGUGGUUUACCAAAUGUUAAAAUUAUGCCAUCAAAUCGACGAACUCCAUCAGCUUCACCAGCUAGCUCAAUACAUCAUUCUCCCGGUCCAAGAACACCGUCGAUAGCUCAACGUGAUCCACCGAAUAUUCAAACUGUACCACCACCGUUAAAUUCAUUCGGUCGAACUCCAACAACAUCUGUUCUCGGCGAUUUAACUAAUAAUGUUAAUUCAUCUUUACCUCCGCCAUCAGUAUCAUCAUCACAACCGCGUCAUAUUCCUAUACGUAAAGAUGCACAACUAUCGAAUGGUGUCGGCUUUAAUUUUCGUACUGUGCCAAAUGAUUCAUCAUCAUCCAGUACACCUUACAGUCAUAUUGUGACAUCGGUUGAUGGUACAAAUUCGAUUGGGACACAAGGUCUUCGUGUCAAUGAUUUCAUAUUAUCGAUCAACGAUGAAAAUGUUGAAUAUUUGAAUCAUGAACAACUCGAAGAUAAAUUACGUCGGAUAAACAACAGUGAAACCGUACGUUUCUUAGUUGCCGAUGGAUCUGUCUAUCGUGCUUAUAAACAGACUUCACAAAAUUUAAAACCAAAAUAUGAUCUUGUUGAACAACCAAAAUUAACACCAAACGCAAAUUUGCAACAAAGUCGGCGACAAUAUCGUCUUCAACGAAAUCCCGAUUUUGAAGGUUACGGUUUUCGUGUACGGUCAAAUCAAACCGCGGAUGCAACGCCACGUCAAAUUGUUUCGGUUGAACCAUAUUCGCCAGCCGAUGUGCAAGGUCUUCGAGUUGGAGAUUAUAUUUUACGUGUUAAUAAUCAAACAGUUGAACAUAUGAGUCCAGCGGAAUUCACGUCUCUAAUGCAAACUUUAGUAAGGAAUGAUACGACUCGAGAUGGAGCUCUUCUAUUAGAAGUUAUGGACGAAGAAACAUAUCGAUCAUUGAAUAGUUUAUCGCCGCCAUCAUUACAUCAAUAUCAACCAGCUCUGGAAACAUUAGCAAGUGACCGCCGAACACCAACUCGUACAACUUAUGAUGUUUAUCAACCAUCAACACUGGGCGAUGAUGUCUAUCCUAAAAUGCGGCAAUGUUUCAUUCGACCAUGGCCAAACUAUCGAGAUCUUGGCUUUGCUAUUGUCCCAGCACAGAAUACAACUGGCGGAGGUUAUCAAAUACAACAACUUCGAUUAGACUCACCAGCUGCACAUACACAUAUCCGUAAUGGUGAUCAUUUAGUUCAAGUAAAUAAUAUUAAUGUUGAAACAACUGAUUAUCAAUAUGUUUACCAACUUAUCAAUGAUUCCUAUCGUCGAGAUGGCGAAGUUAGUUUACUUGUUAUUGAUGAUAUUGGCUAUCAAUGGUACAAACGAAAUCAUUAUCGUAUCGAUCCAUUAUCUCAACGAGCUAAUGUUUCACGUCAUAUCACACCUGAACAUCAAGCUGUAUAUACAUCAACUGAUUCAAGUGUUAUAUCACCGCCGAUGCAUUAUGCACCUGUUGAGGCGAUGCCCGAUCAUAGAGAGACGCAUAUUCCGCCAGCACCUAUACCAAUAAGUCGACCACCAUCAGUCGGACCAUCGACUCGACCAUAUCCAUAUACAAAUGGCGGCUAUGUAUCACCAGCACGUGACCCGUACAAUCGGCCGGUAGUAGCGCCAAGUGUCACAUCAUCUUUAAGUCGUCCACGUAUGCCAUUAUCACGAGCUGCUGUUGAUGUUGUCGAUGAAAAGUCCAUGUUACGUUUCUGUCGUUUAAAUACCGAACCCGGCCAAACGUUUGGUUUUGAAUUAGCACAAGAAGAUGAUAAACAUGUUAUUCGUAAUGUCAAACCUGAUUCUCCUGCAGCUCGAGCUGGUCUACAUAAUGAAGACCGCUUAAUUGAAGUCAAUGAUGAAAAUGUUACUCGUAAAACACACCGAGAUGUUGUUGCUUUAAUAAAAACUGCAAGUAAUAAUGGUGUUGCACGUUUACUUAUUUCACCAAGUAACAUAAAACCAUUAAAUAAACCUUCGUCAAAAUCAGCUAAAACAAAAUCUUUACCAUCAUUAAACGAUGAACGUAUCUACAACGAUGGUAGAAACUUUGAUCAAUAUGGAGCUUGGUCACCAUAUGAUGUCUCAUUUGGCGGGCCGCAACAACCACCAAACAUGGUGAAGUAUUUAUCAACAUCACGUCUAGAUCAUGUUGGCACAUCGCCAGGCAUGCACUCCGAUCGACCAUACAGUGCGAACGGUUUCGAUACGUAUCAAAGACAACCAUUUCGAUCAACAUUCUUUGCUAGUCAAUCAUAUUUACCUACUGAGCCAUGGCCUCGCAAAUGUAUUCUUAUACGUGAUCCAGGCUUUCAUGGUUGUGGCUUUCGAAUGAUUGAAAAAGAGAACUAUGAUACACCCAUAGUUAUUGAAGUACGCCAAAAUAGUCCAGCUAAACGAAGUGGUUUAACUGAAGGUGAUCAUAUAAUUUAUAUUGAGAAUCGUAAUGUUCAAGCCAUACGAUCGUUUGAUGAAAUGACUCUUUUAAUUCAACGAACAUUUGAAGAAACAGGACAAGUUACACUUGUUACAUUAACAGCUCCGGGUUAUCAAGUAUUAAAACGUAAAGGCGGCUAUUUACAGCCGGAACCUUUCGAUUAUCAAAUGCCCUACAUACGCGAAUUAGCACCUCGCUUAUGUCGAAUUAUUUUAUAUAAUCAUGAGCAAGACUUUGGUUUUACAUUACAACGUGGUAAUCCAGUAAAUAUUAAAGAUGUUCAUCCAGGUUCACCGGCAUACGAAUUUGGCCUACGAGCAAAUGAUAAAAUAAUCGAAUUGAAUGGUCACGAUACAGCAACACUAUCAUCGGAACAAAUUAUUGAAACAAUUGAAACAAGUAAACGAAGACGACAAUUAGAUAUACUAGUUAUUGAUUCAGCUGGUUUCGAAUUUUCAAUAAAACAUGCUGUGCCGAUUAAUUCACUUUUACCAUUCGUUCAACCAGGACAAAGACGAGCUGUAAGCAGUCGACGUGCUCAACAGGAAGCUGUUUACUUAUAA